UCGAAUUUAUUCCCCAAAGAAAAAAAGAAAAGAAGAGAUAAAAUGGGAACCUCUGAGAAAAAAUGCACACCUUAAAGCCACACCGCCUCACUUUUUCCUCAACCACCAUCAUCAGCUUCAAACUCACACCCACAGACUCCGCUUUCAUUCAAUUCACUUCUCGCAUGCAUGUUGAUUGUCGCCAAUCACCACCGUCUCUGAUCUGCCCAAUCCCCUACAAACCUGCUAUAGUCGUAGCUCCAUCAGUAUUGUCGUUCGUCGUUGCAAGCGGUGGCCACGCAUUGCCGGAGCAGAAUUCACAUACACAAACUGUGAUCCGCCGAAACUAGUGAACGCCCCCCCUCUCAACGGUGUUCUCUUCCUGCUCGUUUGAACCUGGUGCUCAUGCUUGCUGGAUUACUGUCGUUGAUCUAAUCCCGUUCACCGGUCUACUCCAGGAAGUCUACUUGGAAUAGUGACCGAUUCACCCAUGGCCACCGGAGAGAUCGUUUUGGGUUCCUUCUUGGCUUCCUUCUUUCAGGUCCUGUUCGACAAGUUGACUUCUCUCACAUUGGGCUAUGCACAACGGGAAGGAAUCAGCACCGCCCUGCUCGAGGAGUGGAAGGAGAUGUUGGUCACAAUCAAUGCAGUGUUGACUGAUGCAGAGGACAGGCAACUCAGCGGUAACCCUCUAGUGAAGCUAUGGCUAGACGAUGUUAGGGACUUGGCCUAUGACAUGGAAGACUUGCUUGAUGAGUUCGCGAUCAAAGCCUCUCAGGUUGAGUCGGAGGCAGGAUCCAGCACAAGCAGAGGUUUGGAGAAAUGGAAGUUCUCUUUCUUUGGCCGAGAUAAAUCCUCCAGAUCGAAUCCAAACCUACGCUCGCUUGUGUCUGAAACCAAGGUACAAGAGAUCAAUGGUAGGUUGAAAGCGAUUGUCACCAGGAAGGCUUGUCUAUGCUUGAGAGAGAAUGUUGUGGACAGAUCUAACUACAUCAACAAAAGGGAUCCCACCACUUCUUUGCCGGAGCCUCAGUUUUUUGGCAGGGAGAAGGAAGAAGCACAACUACUCGAAUUAUUGAUCAAUGAGGUCGAAAAUUUCAAUGCCACGUUGACCAUUGUCCCUAUAGUUGGGAUGGGUGGUGUUGGAAAGACGGCCUUGGCUCAAUGGCUAUAUAAUGAUGCCAGAAUAUACAACUAUUUCGAGAUGAAAGCUUGGGUUUGCGUGUCAGAUGUUUUUGAUGUUCUUGACAUAACAAAGACUAUUUUGCGAUCAAUCACCGGGUUGUCUUGCGAGGGUGAAGAUCUUAACAGCCUUCAAGUUAAGUUGAAGGACAAUCUAUCCGGAAAAAAGUUUCUUGUGGUUUUAGACGAUAUAUGGAAUGAGAAGUACGAAAAAUGGACUGCCCUCUUAAAGCCAUUUGAAACAGGGGCCAAGGGAAGCAAGAUGAUUGUCACCACUCGCAACCUUGCCGUUGUUUCCAUAACAGGAGCAUCUCCGUAUCCUUUGAAGGAAUUGUCCCUUGAUAAUUGUACAAGCUUAUUAGCCUUUCAUGCUCUUGGAGCAACAAAUUUUGAGGGCCACCCGGAUUUUGAAACAAUAGGCAAGAAAAUAGCCGAAAGAUGUAAAGGUUUACCUUUGGCAGCGAAGAUGUUGGGCGGAGUCCUACGUAAUAAAAGGAAUCCCGAUGAAUGGGAAGACACCUUAAAUAACAAAAUAUGGAAUCUUCCAACAGUAGAGAAUGAUGAGGUUCUCCCUGUUUUGAAAUUGAGCUAUAUCCAUCUUCCUUCCUAUUUGAAGAGAUGUUUUGCUUAUUGUGCUGCAUUUCCCAAGGAUUACGAAAUUGAGAGGGAUGAGCUGGUACUCUUAUGGAUAGCGGAGGGCUUUUUAGAUGGACAAAAAGCAAAGGAGAAUAACUUGAGAUUAGGACGGGAUUACUUCAAUGAGUUAAAAUCUAGAUCAUUUCUUCAACAAUCGAGUGUUGAUGCAUCUAAGUUUUCAAUGCAUGAUCUUUUGAAUGAUCUAGCAAGGUCAAUUGCGGGUGGGACUUGCUUUAGCUCAAUGGAGUCUCAGCUGACAACUAAUGAACAUGAUGUAUCAUCUAUUGAAAAAACUCGUUGUGCAUCAUUCAUCUCGUCAAGGUAUGUCACAUCAAAAUGCAUGAGAGCAUAUCACCGAAUGAAGGUACUAAGAAGUUUAAUCUUAGUGCGUGUUGGAUCUAAAGGGGCCUCUUUAUCUAUUUCCAACAAGGUGCUACAUGACUUGUUAACGGAAUUGAAGUACUUGAGGGUGCUCUCAGUAUGUCAUUGUGACAUCAUAGAGGUGCCGAAUUGUGUUGGUGAUUUAAAACAUUUGCGAUAUCUCAAUUUCUCUUAUACUAAUAUUAAAAGGCUACCUGAGUCAAUUGUCGGCUUGUGCAAAUUACAAGCUUUGAUCUUACGAGGUUGUCAAAACCUUUCAAAAUUGCCUCAAGAAAUCACAAAGUUGGUCAGCUUACAAUUUCUUGAUAUUAGAGAUACUGGGAGUCUAAAAGAGAUGCCAUUGGAUAUCAGUAAUUGGAAGAAUCUUACUAUCUUGUCCAAGUUUAUGGUCGGACCAAAGAAAGGGUCACGGUUGGAGGAGUUAAAGAACUUGUCACAUCUUCAAGGAGAAUUAUUUAUAUCAGAAUUGCAAAAGGUGGAAGAAGUUAGAGAUGCAGUUGAUGCUAAUUUGCUUCGAAAGCGAGGCCUUACCAACUUAUCCUUGCAUUGGGAUGAACAUUCAGGAAAUCUCCUGAAUCAUGAGCGCGAUGCUCAGGUGCUUAACUCUCUGCGACCUCACACUAAUCUUGAAAAUCUCACUAUUUUGAACUAUGGUAGUGCAAUAUUUCCAUCAUGGUUAGAUGGUUCAUCCUAUUCAAAGAUAGUGUCUUUGUGCUUACGAGGUUGUCCUAAUGUUACAUCGCUACCCCUACUUGGACAACUACCUGCUCUUAAGGAAUUGUCUCUUGAAGGUCUACAUGCAGUGAAAAUGAUAGGCUCCGAAUUUUACGGAGGUAGAAGGCCUUUCUCAUCCUUAACAACUUUGAAGUUGAAAGAGAUGUUGGCAUGGAAGGAUUGGUUUCCUUACGCCGGGGGCCCAAAAGAAGAAGUCCCAUUCCGCUGUCUUCAGCAUCUUGUUGUCCAGAGUUGUCCUUCAUUGGUCGGGACAUUGCCUUGUCAACUUGAUAGUCUCAUAAAGCUUGAAAUUCAUUCAUGCCCCCAUUUGAAUAACUCGACUAGUGAGGUUUGUCUUCCAUCUCUCCGUGAGCUAUACUUGGAGGAUUGUAAUAAGGAGAUCUUAAAGAGCUUGGUCAACCUAACUUCUUUGACCAUUCUCAGAAUUGAAAAUCUUGCCGAGCUUGUUUGCCUUGAUCAUGGGUUCAUGAGCUGCUUGGUCAAGCUAAAAGAGCUUCAUAUAAGAGGGUGUGACAAGCUAAAGUACUUGUGGCAAGAUGGAAAUGAAAUGCUUAAUCUUACUUGCCUCCAGGAAUUAGCCAUUACAAGUUGUCGUCGAUUCAUAUCUUUUGUGGCCGGAGAAGGACUAAUAAAGCUACCCUGCAAUCUUGAGAGAAUGGAAUUGAGGGAUUGCACAAGUUUAGAAAAGCUUCCAAGCAAGAUGGAUACACUCAGAUAUUUGAAAAUUUAUGAGUGUCCAAAACUCGUGGGACAAACCAUUCCUCCAAAUGAUCCCAACAGUAAUAACACGAUGUCUCAACUUGAAUAUCUUGAAAUAGGUAAAUGUGAUGCUCUGACAUCCUUUUCGUUUGUCAAGGGUAGACUUGCUGCUUUGAAGGAACUUACAAUUAUGGAGUGUAAGGGAGUAGAGUCGUUGAAAGAGAUCACCGUGGGACAAUCGCUGGAAAUUUUUACGAUUUACGGGUGUGAGAAUCUGGAAAGCCUACCACAAUACUUUCACACGUUCUCCCAUCUCACUCGUUUGGACAUAAGUAACUGUCUAGCAUUGGAGAUAGAGGACUUCCCUCCCCUUCCCAUCACCUUGUCAUGUUUCUGGCUCAGUAAUUGUCCGAAGAUAAAGUCCCUACCAAAUGAGUGGCAUUGUCUUACAUCCCUCAGGUCGCUAUGUAUUAUCAAUUGCCAAAAUAUCAAAUCCUUCCCCAAAGGGGAUUUGCCUCCCAAUUUGCGGCGGUUUGAAAUUUGGGGGUGCGAGAACCUGAAGCAGCCAGUGAGAGAAUGGGGCUUACACAUGCUCACUUCCCUUGAGACAUUUGGAAUUGACGGAGCGAGCAUGGGAGGGGAGGGAGAGAAGGUGAGGUUUCCUUCGGAGGAGAACGAGGAGGAGGAGGAUGCGUGGAGUCUUCUCUUCCCUUCCUCUCUAACCGAACUUGGCAUUUACGGGAUGAAGAACUUGGAAAGACUGUCGAGCGGUCUUCGCAACGGUCUCUCCUCUCUCCAACUGUUAUGGAUUUACGAUUGCCCGAAGUUGAGGUACUUGCCAGAGGAUGGCCUCCCUCCCUCCCUCCAAUAUUUGUGGAUAAGAGGAUGCGAGAUGCUGAAAGAUCGAUGCUCAAACCUCGGUGGCGACUAUUGGCCCCUCAUCCAAGACAUCCCUCGCAUCUUCAUUGAUGGCCAUCGGAUCCGGUGAAUUGAUUCGGCCAUGUACGGUGGGGUUUUCUAGGGUUCGGAUUUUUGGAUGAGAAAUAUGAGGAAUGUGGAAAGACUAUCAAAAGUAAAGGAUGGAAGAAGCGUGGAGUAUUCUAUUUCCUUCAUCUUUACCUCUCUUUGGAUGGGAAA